UCACUUUGUCCGAUAUUUUUGGGCACAGGAAAUAGAUUUUGGCCAUUGCUAACAAUCUUAUUGUUUCUUACAUCUUUACCAUUCCUUUUUUGUACCUAUAAAAAAUAUAUCUAAUUGUUUCAUAUGGAAAACUGCUUUUCUUUUCAUUUGCAAGUUUUUUUUAGUUGUUUUUUUUUUUUUUUACUUUUUAUGUCUUUUUAAACGUUCUUAUUCUCUACCUUAUUCUCUCUCUCCCACUCUUUCACUCUGGCUGAUCUUUUUUUUUUUUGCAAUCAGACAGGAGUAGUAAUCUUUUUUUAGACCUGGUCGGGAGAUGGUUUAGAUUUGCGUUUUUUUAUUUUGCGCCAGUUGCAGCAAAAUGUGCGCAAAAAUAAAAAACAUGCAGAUAAUAAAUUUGUGACCACUGCAUCCGUCACUUUAAAAAAUGGUCUAGCAACACCAAAAUGUCAAAAUGACGGAUUUUAGAAUUUGGAAAAAAAAAACUAAAAAAAACCCUGAAAUUAGGGCAAAAAUAAAAAGAAAUUGCAAAUGUAGACCAAAAAAAAAAAAAAAAGCAAUAGAACACAAUGAUAAAUAACCCCCACCAUGUCCAAAUACAGAGCCAGCCACAGUGCCCCCAUAGCAGUUUCAGCCAUAAUGUCUUCAUUAGAGUAAGGUCACAGAUACCGCAUCGGCAGCGUAUUUCACUCUGCAGAAAAUACACUGCAGAUCUGCUACUACCAGACACACAGGGAUACCCCUCCGCAGCCCUGUGUGUGCAGUAAAGUUUGGAGGCUGGGUCACGCAUCACAGUCACUAGAGGCAGAGAGCUCAUUCUAGUGACUGACUUUGGCGCUAAUGAGCAGCGUGCAGUACCCGGUAUGUGUGACCCUGCUCUAACAGUGUUAUCAAAACAGACCGCAGCAGUACUCACAUAACUGUAUAUAUCCUCUUAAGCUACCAAAUGAAGGGAAAGUGUCUGAAACAACUGUGACCAUUUAUUCCUCUAUACUGAAGGGGGGUGGGGUCACUUUUGAGGACAUUCUUUUGGACCAGCUAAAGAAUGGACUCCAGCACUGCUUGAUUGAAGAAGUCUUUGAGUUAUGGUGUAACUGUAUAACGGAUGAUGCAUAAGCUGGGUAACAUAACCAUUAUUUUUAUAUCCAAAUCCAAAACUUUUACAAUUAGAGAUUCCAAAACUUGGAGAGAAUAACAAAGGCAUCUUAUGAGAAGAACACUUCUGGCAAAAUAUAUAAAGCACCUUCUGCAGAUGGGGAAAUAUCCCAGCCAACUAACUGAGAGAAUAUUAAACAUCACCUUGGAGAUCAUCUUCCUGCUGACCGGAGAGGAAUAUGGACCUGUUGAAAAAUCUAAUGAGAACCUCAUGCCUAUUAGUAACCUCCAUGUGUCGGAAGGAUGUAGCAAUACUUCGCACCCCAAAGAGCUGUCAGCUCCCACACUACAUCAUGAGAAGAGCAACGAGCACAAAAUCCUGAAACUUGCCAACAAGAUCACUGAGCUGCUGACUGGAGAGGUUCCUAUAAGAUUUAAGGAUGUUGCUGUCUAUUUCUCUAUGGAGGAGUGGGAGUAUUUAGAAGAGCACAAGGAUCUCUACAAGGAUACUAUGAUUACAUUAUCGGAUUUGUCUCCAUAUGAAUUUGAAGAAUUCUAUACACCUGUUUCUUCACCACUUUAUAUGACGAAUGAACACAGUUAUACUGUGAAAGAAGUAGAAAGAAGUCCAUCAGUGGAUGAACACAAUAUGACAAUUCACUGUCACACUGCUGAAAAGAAACCAACUUCUUAUAAGGCAAGAUGUCUCAACAGCAGCAUUUAUUUCCCGACAGAUCCUAUAGAACAACAUACACCAAUUAACAUCGGGGGAUUGUGUUAUGAGAAGGGAGAUAAAAACUAUAUUAAUUACCUACGCUCUAUACUUUUAGAUCAUGCAUAUUCAAUUACUGCAAGGUCUAGUUUACUAUUGGUUGAGAAAAUAUACUUUACAAACAGUGAUAUUCACACACCGGAGCAUCUGACUGCUCAGUUUAAGGAGGAACCAAAUUUACAUGAUGGAGAAAAGAUUGAGAAACCAAAACUACUAGAUGGAGAAAGUCUAACGUACUCUGACCUCCAAACUCCUGAGGGUCCUGUACAAUAUACAACUGUACAUAUUAAGGAGGAAACCAAUGACAUGCAAGAAUAUCAAUAUUCUCAUAUUAAAGUAGAACCAGUUUCAUGUGAUGUAUCAAAUCUCACGGACACUGAUUUUCGUACAUCCACAGAUCUUAAACAAGUUCCAAUUUCUAUUAAAGAGGAACCAGUCUCAUAUGACUCUCUUGAAAACACAGCCAUUUAUACUCCCAUGUACCAUGCACAACAAUAUACAGCUUAUCAUUUCCAAGAUGAGCGACUUCCAGGAACUGACAUUUGUGUACCUACAGAUACACAACCUUUAAAUAGGAGCAAAGCAGAGAUUGAGAUCUGUUUACCAACAGAUACACCACAUACGCAUCAAAGCAAAGAGGUCCAUAAAAAACAAGUUCAGCCACAUAAAGACAAGCCAUUUUUAUGCACUGAAUGUGGGAAACGUUUUCAGUGUAAAUCGGGACUUUCUACUCACAAGAGAAUUCACAUGUUUAGAAAGAGGUACUCUUGCACCGAAUGUGGAAAAUCUUUCCUCAGUCAUCACUUUCUUAUAAAACAUCAGGAGAUACAUUCUGGAGAAAAAACAUAUUCUUAUUCAGAGGGUGGCAAGGGUUUUUUAAAAGCAUCAAAUCUCACUGUUCAUCAAAAAAUCGAUGGAGGGGAAGGCCCAUUUUCCUGUGACACAUGUGGAAAUUGUUUCCCUGACAACUCGAAUCUUAUCCAGCAUCAGAAAAUUCACGAACUUCAGAAACCGUUUGCAUGCACGGAAUGUGACAAAUGGUUUUCUAGAAAGUCUGAACUUGUUGAUCAUCAGAGACUUCACGCAGGAGAUAAACUUUCCUGCUCUUACUGUGGGAAAUCUUUCAUUAAAGUUCAAAACCUUUUGAACCAUCAAAGGCUGCACACAGGGAAGAAUCCCUUCACUUGUAUAGAAUGUGGAAAGCUUUUCACCAGUAACACCUAUCUUAUGCGCCACAUGGCGCUGCAUACAAGGAAGAAGACUUCAUAUCCUUGUCCGACCUGUGAAAAAUAUUUUAAUAGUAAUUUAGAUCUUAUUAUACACCAGAGAAUCCACUCUGGGGAGAAAUCAGGGACUAAUUCUGAAUGGCGGAAAUGUUUUAUCCGUAAAUUAGGUUUUGUUAUACAUCAGAGGAAUCAUGCCAAAGCAAAGACUUUCUCAUGUCCUGAAUGUAAAGAACGCUUUGUAAAGAAGAUACAUUUAUUCCAUCACCGUAAAGUUCACAGGGAAGAGAAAUCUGUGAGUGCAUAGAACAAGAAAUUUCCAAUAGAAAGAAUAUUUUUAUUUUUCUAAGAAUCAGAUUGUAACAUUAGAUUUGAAAAAAGGUAUGUGAGUUGUAUAUAUUUUGAAAGACGGAACCUUAGGGUGCGUUUACCCUGUUUUUGUCUCUGUUUUACAGUUUCCAGCACAGUACAUUUAAUCUCUUGCUUUAUGCAAAAACAUGUCAACUACACUACUGUGUACACAAAAAGGUAUGUUAUGGUCAAAGUUUUUAAAUUUGUUUUUGUAUAAUUAAAGUCAAUGGGAAACAGAUGGCAUACAACAGCAUCCAUUCUUAGCAUCCAUUUAUGUAAUAUGCUAAAAAAAAAAAAAAAUACUAAUUAUAUGUUCAAUGGAAAGAAAAAUGCAGUGUGAAUGCACCCACAUUGGCUUCUCCAGUCAAUGGUGACCAAGUACACAAUUCUUUGACAGGAGAAACUGUCUUAGGCUUUGUUCACAUUUGAAACAUGCACAAUUUCCCGGGUAUAGGUAAGAUAACCUGCAGGUAAAAUAUGCCAACAUACACUACAGCCCGACCAGGUCCAUUGAGUUUUAUGGACUGAUUGUAGUCUGCUAGUGACUACAUUCAGCUCAUUACUGAAUGUAAUGUGUUAUGUGGGAGUCAAACAAAAAGGCUUGCCUCAGUAUAGAUCAGUAUACCUUUCUGCUGGUAUGCCAAUGUAUUCCUUAAAUGUAGUGCACUAGCCUUAGUGCUCAUGUCUGUCCUUUUGGUGCUGAACACUUGUGUAUAGUAGGCAAUCUAAAAUGUAUUUUACUAUACAGUUAUAUACACACUUAGUAUCUAUGUAGAUUAUGCAAGCAAAUCUACAUUUAAUAAUAAUAAUUCUUUAUUUAUGUAGCACCAACAUAUUCUGCAGUGCUUUUACAUCACUCAAGUAAAUCAGGUGACUGGCUGUGCGGGCCGUCACUGCUGUUUAGCUCGAGCAUGUCUUCAGAGGUGGGGGCCCAAGCACUCAGAGGAGAAGCAGCAAGUGAGUUGAGUGGGGAGAGACAGGGCCUGUUCAAGAGAUUGCAGGGGAUCCUAUGAUCCCCUAUGGAUAGAGGAUAUUUUAUCGAAACCGACUGAUCUGAAGGUGCGUAGCAUCAGGGGGGGGGGAGCCGGGCCAGCACGCACAGAGGGUAAGGACACAAGGAAGAGGAUCAGGCAGGCAGCAAAGCCACAGGAACUGAGUUGUGUCAGUGUCACUGUAUGCGAUGUCUGUGGCGCGGCUCAUACACCACUGCUGUUCAAUCCCAGUCUAGUCAGUCCAACAUCUGUGGUGGCGACCUUUGCGUUACUCUCAGUGUGGCAAUAAUAGGAAACUGUGGCGUCCUUCUAACUGAUCAUCUGGUUGGCUCACUGUGAUUCUUCCCGGCAGAUUGUCAGUUCGAGCCCCCACACAGGAGAAGAAAAUAGAAAAGGCCUUCCUGGAACCUUGAGUAGCAGUCUCUUGUACAGAAGAGGCGUUGUUGGUGUUACUGUACAAACCUGCCACUUGGAACAAGUGCCUAAGACAAGCCUAAAGGGCACGAUUCAAAAGUCUUUAGUUUGAUAUCUCUAAUGUUAUAGGUUAACAAUGAAAUAAAUAUAGUAACAAAGUUUAUGUUCUUUAUAUUGUGUUGAAGGUAUUAUUCAGCCAGUAUGUAGCAAAUAUUAGAGUUGCUAAGUAAGCAUUGCUGGAGAACUGCCCAAGUUACUCAAAAGACGUUUAGACAUCUGGACCCUAUGUGGUCAUUCAGAUGACCUCACUUAUCCUUUUGGGCAAAAUUAAAUCUGUGCUGUGGGACUAAUAUUUGUUACUGUGGUCGAAUGGACAAAGCAUUUGUCUUAUUGUCAUCAAAAAAUGUAGUGCAUAUGCCUUAGGGAUGAGUGAUAUGACCAAAUAUGUGUAUCACUGUAUUUUUCUAACUUAUGGCGGUUCUUCGGUAUAUAACGAUAUUCCCCCCCCCCCCAAAUCAUGUGCUGCGCCCCCCCCCCAAAAAAUUUUUUU